AUGGCCGCCGAACGUCACGGCGUCGAGUGGCGGUGGCGGUGCAGCCACGACGCCCGUGGGGCGGGCGGGAGGGCGGGAAGGAGGUCGCGAGUGAUGGCGGCGCGCGUGGUGAGGCGUGCGCUGAGCCUGGGAGCCGGGAUCGGCCCGGCCGCCUCGGUCUCCCGCUGGCAGAGGCUGCUCAACUCGAGGAUCGGUGUGUGGUGUAAGAGCCUGCUGAGCGACUACACCGACGCGUGCAAGGACGUGGUGGUGGGCGCCUGGGAGCGGCCCGUGCGCGCUGCGAUCUACGCAGCGGUUCUGGCCGGCGCCGUUGUCUCUAUGAGGACGGCGCCGGACGAGCACUCUUUCCAGGUGGCGCUACUGGAGGCGAGCGGAGAGCUGCUGCUUCUCUCCUCGUCGGAGCGCAACCCUACCACAGACUGCCAUGUCCAGGCCCUGCUAAAGCACCGUGAGGGUGGCACUCUGCGCUUCAGCAACCUCUUAUUCUGCUCCGUGGUUUACUCAAGCCCCUUCGCGCCUGAGUGUCAGCUGUAUGCAGCACAGUGCAAGAAUCUUAAGCCCAGGUGGGAGGAUUUCCCGUCGCGCGUGCUGGAUGUCGGCUUUGGCGGGCGUUGGUGGAUGCUUCACAAGAAGGCACACGACUAUGACAUCAACGAUGGGGAGUUUGAGCAGCUGUCACCCGCUCAGCGCAUUGUCUUGCAUGAGGACUUACACUCGCAGCGCAAUGAACAACUCCACGAGCUGCGCUACCGGCAGCCAGUCACGCUCACCGAUGAACAAGUGCGGCAAGCCGAGCCGGUGCGGCAGGAACCGCUCUUGGUAAAAGUUUAG